UGACACUUCAUUGACAGUUCAGAUUUUCGUAACACUUGCGCUGGUGACCUUCCGAACUUCUGUAUCACUAAAAGUAUUAAUUACAACAAUAUAUAUCAUUUUAUAAAGAUAAGAACGGUGCCAAGUCAUCUAUUUGUUCGAAAGACAUGCCUGGAGUAGUUACGGUGCUCACAAAUCCCUACGAGGGCCAAAAGCCGGGGACAAGUGGUCUUCGCAAGAAAGUUAAAGUUUUCCUUCAAGAAAACUACACUGAAAACUUUAUUCAGAGCAUUUUAGACGCAAAUAAGGGUGCUAUUGUUGGUUCUACGCUUGUAGUUGGAGGAGAUGGCCGAUAUUUGCUUAAAGAAGUAGUGGAUAUAAUUAUAAAAAUAUCCGCCGCGAAUGGGGUUGCCAAAUUGUUGGUGGGACAAAAUGGCAUUCUUUCAACACCAGCAGUCUCUUGUCUUAUCAGGAAAUACAAAACUCUUGGUGGCCUAGUUCUCACCGCAUCGCACAACCCGGGCGGAAUCAACAAUGACUUUGGCAUCAAGUUUAACUGCAGCAAUGGUGGCCCAGCCCCUGAUCACACCACCAACGAGAUCUACGAUCUCACCACCAAGAUCAAGCAAUAUAACAUUGUGCCAGACUUAAACUGUCCUAUUGACAAGAUCGGAGUGCAGACUUUUAGAGUGGAGGAUCGUCAAUUCACAGUUGAAAUAGUGGACUCGGUGCAGGACUAUGUUGACUACAUGAAGGAGAUAUUCGACUUCCCCAAGAUCAGGGCUCUCAUUCAGGGCUCCGAGCAGAGGAAACCGUUCAAUGUGCUCAUUGACUCAAUGAACGGAGUAACGGGUCCUUACGUGAAGCGUAUAUUCGUGGAUGAGUUAGGGGCUUCUGAGAAGAACGUGAGAAGGAUAGUGCCCCUGGAUGACUUUGGUGGAGCGCACCCCGAUCCCAACCUGACGUAUGCUGCGGACUUAGUUGCGGCCGUCAAGGACGGAGAUUAUGACUUCGGCGCUGCUUUUGACGGUGAUGGUGACCGCAACAUGAUAUUAGGCCGCGGCGCUUUCUUCGUAACUCCAUCGGAUUCCCUCGCCGUCCUCGCCAACAACCUAGAGCAUAUACCUUACUUCAAGAGGGCUGGAGUACACGGGUUUGCCCGUAGCAUGCCCACCGCUGCGGCCGUCGACAGGGUGGCUGUUAAGAAAGGAAAGGAGAUGUUUGAGGUACCCACUGGUUGGAAAUACUUCGGCAACCUGAUGGACGCCGGUCGGCUGUCCCUGUGCGGCGAAGAGAGUUUCGGCACGGGCUCCGACCACGUGCGGGAGAAGGACGGCGUGUGGGCGGCGCUGGCGUGGCUGGCGCUCGUCGCUGUGCGCGCGCUCUCGCUCGAGGACAUCCUCAAGGCGCACUGGGCUGACUUUGGACGCAAUUACUUCACAAGGUACGACUACGAAGAAUGCGCGAGCGACUCCUGCAACGAGAUGAUGCAGGUCCUGGAGGAGAAGAUCACGGGCGCCGGGUUCGUGGGGUCGUCGCACUCCGCCGGCGGCAAGACAUAUGUGGUCAAGUUGGCCAACAACUUCUCGUACAUGGACCCUAUCGACCAGAGCGUGGCUAUGCGACAGGGCUUACGAAUAAUUUUCGAAGACGGAUCCCGUAUCAUCCUGCGUUUGAGUGGCACUGGUAGCUCUGGAGCUACGGUCAGGUUGUACAUAGACUCUUACGAGGCUACAAACGUACUAGGCGACGCUCAAGUCAUGCUGCGUCCCUUGAUCGACGUUGCGCUGCAAAUAUCCCAACUGCAGAAGUACACGGGCCGUGACGCGCCAACUGUUAUCACAUAAACAGCUGAUUCAGAGGGUCUGCACACUAGCGCCAUUAUCAUUUUUAUCAAUUAAUUUUUAGUCUGGCAACACUAGGUGUUCCAAUCUUGAUCGUUCUAGUUGGUUUAAAAUCCCUUUUGAUUAGGGAUGGGCCGAUGUUCGUUUCACAUUAUGUUAAACCGAACUGCGGUGAAUUGAACAGAACUUCGGUAUUCGGUUAAAGUCACAUUCGGCCAUUCGGCCCAUCUCUAGUUUUAAUCACUUUCUUGACUGUAUAGUUUUCUUUUCUAUAAAACCUUUUUCGUUUUCUAUAAAACAAAGUGUAGUCACAAUUUACAACAUGGAUUUUUGUGGACAGCCUUCACUUUUCGAUAAAUUGUAGCGACGAGCGUAAAUAUGUCCAAUACACAAAUGGGUUUACGCCCAUUUCUGGUCCAAUAGAAACCAAUAAUGGUGGCGCUAGUAUGCGGUUCGGCCCAGUUUUAUGUGCCGGUUCCACACUAUCCUCGAACAAUUCGCCAACUUUGGCGGAUUCCGAAUACAUUGCUGAUGUUUCAUUGCGGUAAAUAAAAGCACUCGUACACAAUACAUGAAGUAUUCGCGUCGGCAUCUGUCCGAGUUCGGCGACAGUGUGGAACCUACAUUAAAUUAUGUAAACGCAAGGCUCGGAUACCUGGUUAAUUUGCGUCUCGUAAGUGCGUCUGGAUAUAUUUAGAAAAGAGCGUUUUCAUGACGAUUCAACUCGGAGAGAAUCCAUUUUUUCGGCUUCUGAUGGAAGAGCGUUUUCAUUUUGUUCAAAUUGUCUUCUGUUUUCUCCGCCAACCGCUCUGAACGACCUUUGACAAAGUAAUAAAAAAGAGAAAAAACAUAGUGUUGUUCUUUUCUUGCACUUGUUUGAUUGAAACCUAGUUAAAACUGGAAGAACUCGCAAAAGAGUUCCAAUCGGAAAGGAAUUUAAAAAUAUAUAUUUUUUUUAAAUUAAUAUUACUUGGUUAACAAGUCAACCAGGUAAAAAUACCGGUUUUAAGCCUUGUGUACAAGACAAUUAAGUACAUUUCACAAUCAAGUUUUAGCAUAAGAUAACAUAAGAUAUAAAUGAACAUUUAGUUUUGAAAUCUUUUUGAAAAUAAUUAAAAGAAAAUCUCAAUUACAUAGAAAUAUAGUAAAGAUGGGGUUUCAGAUAUUUUUUUCGUCACCACAUUGCGCUAGUGCAACGUGAGGUCUAGAUAACUGUUAGUUAGUAUAGUUAUCAUUCUCGACCGCCACAGAGGGAAGAUCUUCCCGCCAAGCUAGGUGUUGCGCCGGGGAACCGCACGGCUCCGACGGUGUCAUGUCGGAGGUUGUAUGUAUGCUUCCAAUCGAAAACGCACUGUCUGCGCGGUCUGGGCUUGUUAGCUGUCCAUAGUGAGUCGACUGUCGUGCCAUCUGUCCGCAGUGUCCUGUAUCACUUGUGUGGCUUGUUAUUCGUUGCGUUUUGGUGCAUGUUGCGUGGUAGAUGUCGCCACAAUAGUAAUAUUAAUUAAAAUUUUGAAUAUGACAAUCGGUUGUGUGGUUGUGUCCACGGAGUUGUGUCAUAUCGUUGACCCUUGUUGUGGAGUGUGAUGGCAUAAUUUAAGUAUUAGCCAUAACAUACAUACCUAUAUAAUUCUGAAAAAAUACUAUUUUUCCGAAGCUGCAAACAAAUCAUGAUUAAUAUCUUCAGAUAUCUAUAACUGCUAAAAACUGUAAUCUACAAUAUCGUAAGUUCAAAUUUGCUACCUCACAAGUAGAAUUUAUGUCUUGAAGUUAUGAAUUAUACACUGAACAAUACAACUGCAGCAUUUCAAUCUGUUUUUUUUGUAGAUUAUAAGGAUUUUGUUAUAAUUAUAUUAUACUAUUGUUACCCAUGGAUUGUUAUAUGUGUACAGAUCGAUUAACCUUUAAAGUUUUAGCCGCGGCAUGAUCCUAAAAUGCCCCUAACACCAAACACGUAUGUUCAUGCUAAUUGCAUAUUAUUAAAGCGGUGAUGGCCCAGCGGUUAAGAAGCCUGCCGGUGAACCGAAAGGCCCCAGGCUCGAUUCCUACUCAUGCCGUAUAAGUUUGUAUACCAAUCUGACUCGUAUACAAGUAGUUGUUUUCAUCCACCGCUUCUAAAGAAAACAUCGGUAGUCGGUAGUUUAGGCGACUUGAAUAAAAUGUUACACCAGCAAUAUACACUCGACACGAAGUAUUGCAUGCAAGUCACGCCUAAAAAAUAUUACAAAGUUUUAAUCGUAUAUACACAAUACAAAACUCCAUCCUAGGGGUAUUUUUUUUAAUUUGUAUACAUAGAUAGACUAAGAAAACUAUAGACAACGAGCUUAGCCAAAUGAGACGGGAACAUUUCCAUACAAAGCGACAGUUUUGGCGUUGUAAAUCCGGGCACACGGUAAGGGACAAAAGAUGUUAGCGCUCUUUCCCGUUUCUUCUUGUGUAGUUCUUAUACGCAUUUCGAAGAAGAUUUCGCGAAACGGAAGAUUUGACGAAGUCUAUUGUUUUCUCUGUCUACGUAUACAUAUAUGCCGCGUAUGGUUAUUAUGAAUAUUAUAUUGUUAAUUACAAUAAAACUACGUUGAAAUUAUUGUCAGAAUUUAUUUUAAAAUAUUGGCCAAAGAUCUUUUUGCAUAACAUGUUUUUAUUACCUAUUUUUAUUUUAGUUUAAUAAACUUAUUACGAAUUA